AUGCCUUCUUCACAUCUUUUCACCAAAAGUUCGCCGUUCUCAGCAGGCGCCACACUUCUUCCUCUCACUCCCGAAAACAAUUAUACCCCAGAAGUGAUGAUAUGCGGAGGGUCGACAGUUUCCGAUAGCGUGUCGCCAUCGACCAUUUCUUCGCAGACUCCCGCGUCGGCCCAGUGUUCCCGACUGGUUCUGAACGCAGCUGGUAUAGCCGCUGGAUGGCAGGUGGAGCGUAUGCCACAGGCUAGGGUUAUGCCAGAAAUGGUUUUAUUGCCAGAUGGGAGAAUCGUCAUUGUGAAUGGGGCACAAACCGGUGUUGCGGGGUAUGGGAAUGUCGCCAAUCGUGUUGGGCAAAGCAAUGCCGAUAACCCCGCAUUUACUCCAGUCGUCUAUGAUCCAUCUGCUGAAGCAGGUAGUCGGUUUUCAUCUGCGGGAAUUCCUACCACGAAUAUCGCUAGGAUUUAUCACUCGACUGCAUCUUUGACACCCAAUGGGACGAUUAUGCUUGCGGGUUCCAACCCAAACGACGAUGUAACGACUACCAAGUAUCCUACCGAAUACAGGAUGGAGUUCUAUUCACCCCCUUACAUGGCCAGACCUCGUCCAACCUAUACUGGGCUACCUGCUACAGUGAACUACGGCGAAGAAUUCACUCUGAACGUUAAUUUACCUUCAUCCGCAACGAAUGUCUCCGUGUCUUUGAUGGACCUGGGUUUUGCCACACAUGGGGUGCAUAUGGAUCAGCGUCUUCUCAAGCUUGUCUCUUCCCUCUCGGACGACGGUACGGUUCUAACUGUCACGGGACCGCCCACAGCCAGACUAUAUCCACCCGGACCGGCUUACCUCUACGUUGUCACGGACGAGGGAGUACCGAGUUUUGGACACAAGACUAUUAUCGGGACUGGAGGCUCACCGCCGGUGGAUGGGGAUGCUGCGGCCAAUAUGCUAAAGGCCUCCGUUGCGUCAUUCGUAGCCCCUCCGCUGCCACCCACUGAAGGUGAAGGUAGCAAUGUCGCCACUGCUGUGAUUCCUGUAUCAAGCUCUUAA